CCUUCUCAUUACUGCAUCUUCCUUCUGUGAAUGAUGUUGUAGAGGUUUUAUUGCUUUCACCUUCUAAUGAAUGUGUUCGAUCUGGGUUUCCUAUGCAGUAGUGUGGAACGGGUUGGUUAGGCGGUGGGAACGGGUUCGCUAGUGGGAACGGGUGGGUUCGGUGGCUGUUGAACAUGUCUUCCCAUACCCAGGAGUCUAGGUCGAACACUCUGAUAGAUGAUGCAGCACUUGGUUCCUCUGCGCUUCAGGGUCCUCAGCAUGUUGUUGGAGUAAUGGUUGAAGGAGGGGAAGGUGAUGUACAUGUCUUUGUUGAUGAGGAACAAGGGACUGAUGACGUUCAGGAAAGUGGAGAAGAAGGAGAAGAGCAAGGGACUGACUAUGAUGAAGAAGAUGAAAAAGAGUCUGAAAAUGGGGUUGAAGAACAAAAUGUUGAUGUGGAGCCGCCAACUGAGAUUGCUAUCAAUGGUUUAGAAGAUUUGGGGAUGGUAAAUUUCAAAGAACUAUCUGUCAAUAACAUAGUCACCUAUCACUUUCCGGAUCGUGAGGUUGCUUACUUGUUCUACAGUUGGUAUGCUCGGAUGCAUGGAUUUGCUGCGAGGAAGGCUAAGGUUCUAAAAAACAAUCACGGAGAUGUAAUCCAACAGAGAUUUGUUUGCUUCAGGGAGGGUAAAAGGAUAGAGAAAGCUGAGCCAGAGGUUGAUGCUCAUGCUGGUGAAAAGAGAAAGCGUUUUCCGAAAAAGGCCACAAGAUGUGAGUGUAAGGCUUAUUGUCAGGUCCAUGUUCAUAAGGAUAACAAGCGUUGGCAUGUUAGAUCUGUUUGUGAUGAUCAUAAUCAUGUACUUGUUGAAGAAAAUUUGAUUGGAUUGGCACCUACUCAUAGGAGAAUGAAUGAGGCCGACAUUACUCAAUUGAAUUGCUUUAGGAAGUCAGGCAUUACAACUCCACAGGCUUAUGGUGUGUUUGCCAACCAGAUGGGUGGAUAUCAAAAUGUUCCAUUUGGACCUAGACAAAUGUACAAUGAAAAAUUUAAAAAGAAGAAGGUGGAAGUAUGUGAUGCUAGAGGUGUGCUCGGUUUCUUACGUAAUUUGAAGGAAAAGGAUCCUGACUUGAUGUGGAAACACACCUUUAAUGAGGAAGGAAGGUUGGACAAGUUGUUUUGGAGUGAUGGAAUCAGCCGGGACAACUAUUUGUUGUUUGGGGAUGUGUUGGCAUUUGAUGCCACAUACAAGAAAAACAAGUACAAGCGGCCACUUGUGAUUUUCUCUGGAGCUAAUCAUCACAAUCAGACAAUUAUCUUUGCUGCAGCUUUAGUUUCUAAUGAGAAAGAGGAGACAUAUGUUUGGUUGCUUCAGAAUUUGUUAGAUGCAAUGCGGGGGAAAGAACCGGUAUCAGUGAUCACAGAUGGAGAUCCAGCAAUGAAAAAUGCGAUUAAAAGUGUGUUUCCAAAUGCGCAUCACAGGUUAUGUGCUUGGCAUCUUCUUCGGAAUGCAGUUAGCAAUGUUGCAGAACCAAAGUUUGUUCAAAUGUUUUCAAGAUGCAUGCUAUGGGAUCUUGAAAUUGUGGAGUUUGAGGACAGAUGGGCUCAAAUGGUUAUUGAAUGUGGGUGUGAAGACAAUGUUUGGGUUCAUGAUUUGUAUGAGCGGAGGAUGAUGUGGGCUGCUGCAUAUAUGCGGGGUGAAUUCUUUGCGGGCUUUCGUACAACCUCUCGGGUUGAGGGAUUACAUGCCCAAGUUGGGAAGUUUGUAGACUCAUGGAACAAUUUGACAGAUUUUAUGCACAACUUCUUUCGAUAUAUGAGUUAUCAGCGACAAAGGGAACUUGAAGCAGAUUUUGCAUCAAUGCACGGUGACCAUGUGCCGCAAACACAAUUGAAGAGGCUUGAAAAAUCAGCUUCCAACCAUUACACGAACAACAUUUUUAGGCUUGUCUCUAAGGGUCUUCACCGGUGUUUGAUGCUAAAGGUUAGUCUUUUCAAGGAGACUUCAACUUGCAUCAUUUACUUUGUUUCAAGGUUUUCUUUGUCUAGUAGGAAAUGGAAUGUGACUCUGUGCAAAAAAAACCAGUGAGUUCAAAUGCUCUUGUAUGAGGAUGGAAUCAUAUGGCGUUCCAUGCGAUCAUAUUCUUGCUGUUUGUAGAUAUCUAGACCUGCCUGGAAUUCCCUCAUCAUUAAUUAUGGGGAGAUGGAGCAAGUAUGCAAAAGAUGGGCUUGAGCUGCGUGGGGAACAAUUGGGUGCAUGGGACCCCAUGGAUAUGUGUAGAUUUACAGUAUUGAGGGAAAACUGCAGGCGAAUGUCUAAAGCAGCAUGUAGAGCACCAGAAACAUUCCGGGACACAAAUGAACCGGUUCUAAAGCAAGCAAGGAAGUUGGAGAAAUUGGAGAAAGGUGAUGGAGUGAAACAAACUGUGAAUAUGGUGGCCAACGAUGUUGAACAAUACUUGCGUGACCCACUCAAACCCAUCAAAAGGCGCAUUGGUGGUGCUUCUAGAGGUAGUGGACCGGGGAGGCGUACUUCCCACUGUGGUCUUUGUGGCGGAGCAGGCCAUAAUCGGAAAACAUGCCUACGGGCCACACAGUGAAGUGGGGCUGCACUAUUGGAAGGGAAUCACACACUAUCUAUCUUGGAAGGGGAACCUCGCCGGUGGAUGUUGGGUGCUCUGAGUAGCACGGUUGUUUCAGUAAUGUUAUUCGUGGAUUUGUAAUGUUCUUUUUCAUAAAUUGGUGUGGAUUUGUAAUGUUUUAUUUGAACUAUCAGUACUUUAAAUGGUCUGUUUUUAAAAUUCCUGGUACAAUAUGCUUGUUACAUUUGAC